AUUCCGCCUUGGAAAGGUCGAGUCAGACGUUUGAUGUUUAAUGCUUGCUUACCUGUUUAGACUGUGUUUCUAGUUGAGGAUAUAUAUCUAUUUUAUAAUCACCAAUCAGUAAACAGUUAUGGAGUGGAGUGAACAGUACGCACAAUCAAUGGCCAAUAUUAAACCCGAGAAUUUCGAUAUGGGAUCAGUAAUUAAACAAGAAAACUUCGAUAUGGCUGUUGUUUCUCAAAAUGAUGUAAUGGUCUCCAUGUCAAGCGACGGGGGUACGACAAUUCUUUCUUCAGGAGAAAUGAGUAACGGGAUUGUACAAGUUCCGUCAAGUGAUGGACUUAUGGGUUCUCCAUCGGCGAAAGAAAUUGAACGUUUCAAUAAUCUUUCCGAGGAGGAACUAAAAAACAAAUCCCUUCCUGACCACCUAAAAGAAGGACUUGAUAUUGUUAUAGUGGGGAUUAACCCUAGCUUGGCCUCAGCACACGUUGGACACCAUUAUGCUGGUCCUGGAAAUCAUUUCUGGACAUGUUUAUCACAAGCUGGUUUGGUUCCAAUGGCUGUCAGUUGCUAUGAUGAUUCUAAAAUGUUGGAUUACGGUAUCGGAUUCACUAAUGUUUGUACAAGACCAACCAAAGGUGCAGCUGAACUUACACGUAAGGAGAUGAAGGCUGGUGCAGCAAUCAUGCUUGAAAAAAUGAGAAAAUACAAGCCAAAGAUUGCCGUGUUCAAUGGUAAAGGCAUUUAUGAAGCAUAUGUUGGACAUAAAAAUUUUUGCAUGGGAAGGCAACCUACAACUUUGGAUGGUACAGAUAUAGUCAUCUUUGUGAUGCCUUCGUCUAGUGCACGAUGCGCACAACUUCCGCGUGCUGAAGAUAAACUUCCAUUCUUUUUAGCUUUAAGAAAACUACGUGAUUAUGUACGUGGUGAUUUAGCUGAAUUACCUGAUUCCGAAGUAGUGUUCGCUGAUUAUACCGAAUUUCGUGUCACUCAACCAGAUCCAAAAAGUUUACGUAAAGCUGAACGACGUCGUAAACGAAAAGCUGAAGCGGCAGCAGCGGCCGCUGCUGCAGCUCUUGCUGUAAAUUCUGGUGAUGGAACUUUAGUGAAUGGAAUUGUUUCAAGUCAGGUUAUGCCUAAUGAUAGCGCUAAUGUUACAGCAGUUUCUCAAGCUUCAAAUGGUGUAUCCGUUGAUGGUAAAGUAAAAUCCAAAGCAAAACCUAAACGUAAAAAGUCAUCCAAUAAUAUUAAUAAUUCAACGGAACAAUCAUUACAACAAACUACAUCCAUACAACAAAUUAUGAAUGUAACCGGUAUUACUACAAAUAAUACAACUGGUAUAACAUUUACAAAUUGUACAACUGAUUUACAAUUACAACAUCAACAACAUGUCUUACAGCAACAAGUCCUACAACAACAACAACAGCAACAACAACAAACAUUUCUUCUGCAACAACAACAACAACAGCAGCAGCAGCAACAACAACAACAAUUCCAACAACAGUUCAGUCAACAAUCUGUUCAACAACAGCAACAACAACAAAUUUUACAACAGCCACAACCACAACAUCAAAUGAUUGUUAGUGCUGGUGGUCAUUUUAUGUCUACUACACCAAUGGUCACUUUGUCAACAAUGGCAGCAGCAGCGGCGGCGGCUGCCGCUGGUGGAACAGCUACAGCUAUACCUGUUCAUCCUGGUGGUACUCAAACAGCUGUAGCAUCGGGUUGUUAUGCUGCUGGUACGCCACAAUUCCAAUUUUCUAAUAAUCAUCCAACUGGUACAGCACAACAAUUUUUUAUUAGUCCACAAGCUUCAAAUUUAUCUGCAGGUAAUGGUGGUAAUACUGGUAGUGGUGGUCAAACACUUUUGCAAUGGUCUACAACUCCAUGUACUCAAGGUGUUCCAACAACUGUUCAAUUUCAACAGCCUAAUCAACAUCAACAACAGGGAAUUGCUGGAACUUGGCCAAAUGUCUCUACUAUUUAUCAUCAACCACAACCACAACAAAUUGGUACAGCUAUCCAGUCACCUUCAGGAGGAGCUGGUACUCCGACAGCUGGACAUACACAGCAGCAACAACAGCAAAUGUUCACACAACAACCAGGAGCUAUGCAACAAGCUUCAAUUCAAAUGGCUCACCAAGCACAACAGCAAUUAUUAUUUACAUCACAACAUCCAGUUGGAUUACAAGCAGCCGCUACUGGCGGUGCUCCACAAGCAGCUUAUCCACAACAAGUGUAUUUGGCACAGGCCCCUGCUGUGAAGUUCUGGAUUCACUUCGUUGGAUAGUUUUUAGACAGUCAGCCAAAAGUAACGUACAAGUUAGUACAUAUAUACGAUGAUGCAAGUUGCUACACUAAAUAAACACGAUGUAAAAUGAAAUCUACUAGUCUAGAAAUAGUAAAACUGUCAAGAUAUAUGGUGGAAAAUUCAGACAAUGAAGAAUACUGGUUUGAGGAAUGCAAAGUAUGAAGUAAUACUGAAGUUCAAUAUUUGGACGUGCUUCGGUUUGGGUACCCGGGCAGUAUCACAGCCCUCACACAUAUCGAAUAAGAUUUGUGUGGCGCAUAUGUAUUUGGUGCCUCUUUGUACCAUUAUCUAUGUGUUGAAAUAAAUAAAUAAAUAUUUGGAAGUAGAUAAAGAUUAUCAUCUGUGGAACUGUAACGUCUACAACUACUAAUCACGGUUACCGUACAAACCCUAACCUGAUUGUUGAACCUUGUCAAUUCCUCUCAGUCAAUAAUUUCAUAGACUAAUUCAAUAUCUUGGUUUGUCCUGGUUUAGUUUUAUUUCAACCUAUUACUACUUCAGGUAACAUUGUGUGUGUUGUAAUUAGCCGUGGUUGAAGCAUAUGUAAUAUAUAGCCUAAUCAUCUCAGUCGAUGAAGAUUCUGUACCUCACUAAUUCAUUUCACUAACAAAAUUCAAAUGUUAUUUUUGGUAAUACUUGUAAGGUGUUUAUUGAAAGUGCUAUUAUUAGUCAUGCUUAAAGUUGUUAAUAAAUCUGUUAGUUGAACGCUUGAUACGAUUUCCUAGCUGCUUCUAAUAAUCCCAGACUAAACUGACAUGGCAACUUGAACACAAAAGAAAAGGCGUAAAGUGAAAAUGAGCGUUACUCUUAUCUAAAAAUAUGUAUAUAAAGUUGUGCCUACUAUUUAACGUGACAUCGGUCGCUUGGAAAGCUCUGGUGGUACAAUAAAUGUAACAAAGAGAAGAUAAUUACCUAAUCAAAAAAGUAAAUGUGAUCUGUCAUUCUAGAUGUUUUGAAGAAACUCCCAUUGUAUCCUGAUUGGACAAAAUAUUUUUAAGCGUUUUCUGGGCUUCUAUUGAUUUGUCUGAGGACUAUUUGGAGACAUUAAUUCAUAAAAAAGAGUGAAAUAAGUGACUUUAUGGUUGAAUCAACAGUUAUUCUUAAACUGUUUACUUCUCUUCUUGUUGAAUUAAUAUUUGUGUUUGAUAAGCGAUUAGUUAAAAAUAUGAAAUAAAUGAUUAUUUAUAUAAAAUAUUUCUUAUAAAUUGUUAGUUUACAAAGUAUGGGGAUUUGUGGAUACUGUAAAAUUUUGAUAGUUGAAUUCAUCAGUUGAUCUAAGCUAGUCUACCAUUGAGAACCUAGAAGCAUUGGACGGUCGUUUCAUCAUAGCAUGGGACUCCUCAACAGUGCGCAUUCACAAUACCGAACCCAGGGCCUUCGGUUUUGCGCGAAAACACUUAGCUACUGAGCUGGCAUCCAACGGUGUUAAUGUCUAACUUCAGUCGACCCAUGAUCUUGCACAAUCCUUCAUCGAUUGUCUGAGGUAGAUAAAUGUCUCACGUCCUAUACGGAUUGGGCUCCACUGGUCACGGAUUCUCACUAGAACUCCUAGAAUUACGUCUCUAAGCUAGUCACAGGUAUGCACAUGAUUAUUAUCAGAAUCGAGAUUUGUGGAGGCUUUCAAUGACGGUUUAGAUUAGAUCGACUCAUGAAUUCAACUAUUAAAAUAAAUAAUUGAUUUACUUUUUUCUGUUCAGAAUAAUUAUAUGGUAGUAUAUAUCAUAUUAACUUUAAAAAAAAACUUUUAUUCUAUAUCAUAGGUGCUAACGGUGCAGGAACAUCAUAUCAUCUACUUCCUGUUGGUUGUCCUGCUUCGAAUUUCACAAGUUUAUUAUUAUCCGACCAACAACACCAGCAACAACAAGCAUUAACACAAUGCUCUACAGCAGCAACGACUGGAUUACAUCUUCAACGAGGACAACCUACUGUUCAAAUUCAAACACAACAACAAGCAUAUCAACAAACUCAACAGUUUCAACAACAUCAACAAAUUCAAGCUCAAACGCAUCAAUUACAAUCAACACAACAACAAGGUACGAUAAUGUCUACUGAUAAUAUUACUGGUCAAACUACUGGUCCCAUUGGAUAUUCUAAUAAUAAUACUCCACAAUUUAUUACAUUAGCACCAGGUGCUCCAUUAAAAGUUAUGGCUGUUGGUCCAAAUGGUCAACUUAUUCAAACUACUGGUUUACCACAGUUUAUGCCAACUGGACCAGUUGGUAUGACUAUAAAUCACCAACCUACAGCAUUACAAUCAAAUCAAACAUCGAUUACAGUGACUCCUCAACGUCGUGUUGCUACACCUCAACAACAACAACAACAGCAGCAGCAACAACAACAAACAAAUGGACGUAUAGUAUCGACUGCUUCAACAGUAGCAGGAUUUUUCUCUGGGACAGCUAUUUCAUCCGGUACAAUUCCACUUGUACAACCAGCCGCUGGUAUAGUGGAAGAUCUAGUACAAACUACAAAUAAUACUAGUUUGAAUACUGCAUUAAGUACAGGAGAUGAGAAAUUAGUUUACACAGCUUUAUAAUAACUGUCUUUUAUAUAUAUAUAUACAUUAUUUACAGAUAUGAUGCAUUUUUCUAUCGAUUUGACUAGAAAAAAUUGUUUUCCUUCUUCAAAGAAAUUUUCUUUUGUUGUUAAGCACAAAACUCUAUCAAACAACAACAAUGACAUUCAUAUUGAUAUCAUUGUGUACUACUACUCUUCACGGAUGUAUAACAUCGUCCAAUGUGUUUAUUUAUUAUUUAAUGAAGAAGAAAACAAAUAAAUAGGAUACUAUCUAUCUAUCUAUCAAUCAGUUUUUACCAUGUCUUCUUCUCAAUCUAAUCAUCAUGUGUAAUUUCACAAAUAUGAUUUCUUUCUUCCUUUUAAAUGUCAUAGAAUAGACAAUCAUUUUGUUUUAUUUCUUCUUUUCAUUUCUUCACUCUUGUCUCUUUUACCUGUUUACAUUUUGGCUUUUUUACAUGUGUAAUAAUUAUGAACAUUGGUGAUGUGAUAAUCACCAUCUUGAGGACUCUAUGGGUGUGUGGGGGGGGAGGGGGGAGGGAGAAAGAGACACCAUCUUGAUCGGUUGAUUUCAGUGUAUUUUUAUUAUUUUUUUUUUAAAAUUCCAAUGCAACUAAAUCUAGUCGUUGUUUCUACCUCGUUGUUGUCAUCGUUUCGUUCUGCUUUUUUUCUAAAGACUUUUAUUAUUAUUAUUAUCACUUUCUAUUCAACAGUGAUUUAGUUUGAUAUAUAUAUAUAAAGACAUGUAUUUAUCUAUCUAUUCCAUUCUGAUUCUCUUAGAUCUUUGCUUAUUUUUUAUUAUUUCAACAUUCUUUACAAUUUAUGUAUACUUCAAGACUAAAUGCAUUUGUUGUUUUCUUUCAAUUUAUCAAUGUAAAUGAAAAUAGGUUUAUAUGUGUGCAAAAACAAAAUUACAAACAAAUGACAUAUUUCCCGCCAAACCAUUUUUUUUUAAAGCAACACGGCGGAUAAAUCGGAGCACAAUUGAACUAUUGAACUUCUCAUUCGCUAUCUCUUUUUCAUGAUGUUAUUUAUUAUUGUUUAGUGUUUACUGUAUACAUUUUAAUGUGCAUAUAUAUAUAUGUGUUUGUGUGCAUGCGUGCGCGUGCGUGCAUAUGUGUGUGUUUGUGUAUUUGUGUUUCAUACAUUUUCGUUUUCUUCUGUAAAAAUCUUUUCUCCUUUUUUUGUUUUGUUUAUUCAAUGAUGGUUUUUAUUAUUUGUUGUAAUCGUUUGUUAUUGCUCUUUUUUUUUUAAAACCAUUUACCCCUUUUUACCGUUUUUUAUAGAAUAAAAUUAGUAUUAUGUAAAUAAUGUGCAU